AUGUUAUGGAUAUGUCUGGAACCAUCAAGUGAAGAAAAGUUUGUUUUUAAUAGUUUUAAUAAAAAUGUUAACAAGGACUAUGUUAAAAUGUUAGUUGAUGAAGCAAUUGAACGUCUUCAACAAAAAUAUGACAAAGAAACAUUGACAUAUAGAAAAGCAGCUCAAGAAUAUUAUAAAUAUUUAGAUGAUAAAAUAAAUACUAUUAAAAUUAAUAAUAACACACUAUUAAAAGAAAAUGAAAUUUUAAGAAAGGAAUAUAAAAGAAUGAAUAAAAAUUUGUUUUAUAAUGAAGAUUUUAUUGAAAUGCCUGAAGAUUAUGAAAUUGAAAUGAAAAAAAAGAAAUAUAAAAGUUUCGAAGAUAUAUUAACGAAAAGAUAUACCUCGAAGCAAUUAACAGAUAUACAAAAUUCACAAAAAAAUAACAGAAUAAAUACUAAAAUUAAAAAAAUAGAUUCAAAUAUUAAAUUAAAGACCAUUAAAUCUAAAUGGUAUUUAUAA